UCCUCCGGCAGGGGGCGCGCUCUCUGUCACGGGGCCGGACCGGGGAGCAGCGGGAGACCGGAGGAAACUCACCAUAUCACCGCAGCCGGAGUCUGGAGAGGGGUGAUCGGGAUAGACCAUGGGGAACCGAGACGACGAAUAUGACUUCUUAUUUAAAGUGGUGUUGAUUGGUGACUCAGGAGUGGGGAAGAGUAACCUCUUGUCAAGAUUUACAAGAAAUGAGUUUAACCUGGAGAGCAAAAGCACUAUCGGAGUGGAGUUUGCAACCAGGAGCAUCCAGGUGGACGGCAAGACGAUAAAGGCUCAGAUUUGGGACACAGCAGGACAGGAACGCUACAGAGCCAUCACUUCAGCGUAUUACCGAGGGGCAGUGGGGGCGCUUCUAGUGUAUGACAUCGCCAAGCACCUGACAUAUGAAAAUGUGGAGCGCUGGCUGAAGGAGCUCAGGGACCAUGCUGACAACAACAUUGUCAUAAUGUUAGUAGGAAACAAAAGUGAUCUGCGCCACCUCAGAGCUGUGCCCACAGAUGAGGCCAGAGCCUUUGCAGAAAAGAACACUUUGUCAUUUAUUGAGACCUCUGCUUUGGAUUCCACAAAUGUAGAAGAAGCCUUUAAGAACAUUUUAACAGAAAUAUACCGUAUAGUAUCACAGAAGCAGAUAGCUGACAGAUCUGCUCAUGAUGAGUCUCCAGGAAACAAUGUAGUGGACAUCAGUGUCCCACCAACAACAGACAGUCAGAAGGGGAGCAAACUGCAGUGCUGCCAGAGUCUGUGAGGCUCAGUGACUUUACCUCUACUCACCUGACUUCAUCACCUGUGCACUUUCAGUUCCCGAGGCCACAAGCUUUGUUACCUUUGGAUUUCUACUUGUCUCUUGUUAUUUUAUUGUACAUUUUCACAUGUGCUCUUCCAUUUUGCCAUAAUUAAGCAAGUCUUUGUCAUAUGUUGAGGUUUUAAGCCGCUUACGCCAAUGUAGGAUGCAGCUAUAAGUGUCUUACAAAGUCCUGAAUUCAGUUAUUUCACUGGGAUAGACCCCUGAUGUAAGCAGACAAAUGAAAAAUCUCUCACGUCAACUUUUACAUGAAGUUGGUACACUAUUAAUAGUUGCCACUAGAUGGUGCUGUGUAAAUAAAUAAAAAGUUAAAAAAGUAUGGUCACUAACAACUUGAGAAGCCUUUACAGUGCUUUGUAGUAACUCCAUCUUUUACGUUUUCAUGCCAAAUACCUUCUAAUCAUGUAUUUAUUGAAAAUAGCUGGCUUUCUUGCCCUUGUUUCACUCCCAGUUCAACAUGCAUUUACAAUAAAAUAGCUGAAAAAUAAAA